GUGGAGUAUUUCCAGUUGAGCAGACGACGCCGCGGUGGCACAGUGAUUUAUGAAAAAUCUAGGCUUGUUUUCGAUUUGAAAUUCUUACUUACUCAUUUCCUUACUUAUUCGUUAUCCUGAGCAGUCUUGCUAGUUCUUAACCAAAUAUGGCUCUAAAUUUUGUCAGACGAAGCUCAAAACUUUUCUUAUUGGGGGCUGGAUCGUUAGGUAGGAAUGACACUCCAGGAAAAGUAAUGAGGUUAGCCAAAACAUGCCGAAGAGUGUGUUGCAGUCAUUCUACCUCAGCCUCGCUCACUUCUACAGAGUCUAAAAAGCCACAAGUUCCAGAUGAAGUGAGUUGUUAUGCAACCCGCUCGCAUACCUGUGGAGAACUUACACGCAAACACGUUGGAAACACUGUAUGCCUUAAAGGUUGGCUUCAUAGUAACCGAAGUAAAUUUUUAUUGUUAAGAGAUGCCUACGGAACUACUCAAAUUCUAUUGGAGGACCUGCCAGCCAAUUUUCAGAACACAUUGGAUUCUCUUACUUUAGAGAGUGUUAUCGAAAUCAGAGGAAUAGUUUCACUUCGUCCAGAGAAUCAAAUAAACAGAAAAAUGAAAACAGGAGAAAUUGAAGUUGUAGCGACCCAUUUAGGAAUCCUUGGGCCAGCCCCCCAGCAAAUGCCAUUUCCUGUUAAAGAUAUAAGAAAAAUGCCUUCUGACCAUCUACGAAUGAAAUAUAGGUAUUUGUACCUACGUUAUCCUCACAUGCAGGAGACUCUAAGGAUACGCUCACAACUCAUACACGGCAUGCGGGACUUUCUCAUCCAAAGAGACUUUGUGGAUGUCGAAACACCUACUUUAUUUCGGAAAACACCAGGGGGUGCUCAGGAGUUUAUUGUGCCCACUCAAAUUCCAGGACAGUUUUAUUCCUUGGUCCAGUCUCCUCAACAGUUCAAGCAAUUAUUAAUGGUUGGAGGCCUUGACCGCUACUUCCAAAUUGCUCGGUGUUACAGGGAUGAAACAGUCCGUUAUGAUCGUCAGCCAGAGUUUACUCAACUUGAUAUUGAGCUCUCCUUUGUUGAUCGAGAGGGUAUUAUUUCAUUGAUUGAAGAGCUUAUUAAAACUUGCUGGCCAUCAGAGCGGGAAAGACCAUCAAUUCCUAUUCCUCGAAUGACCUUCCAUGAUGCCAUGGAAAACUAUGGCUCUGACAAGCCUGAUCUUCGAUUUGAUGUCAAGAUUCAGAAUGUUACUCACCUGGUGCAGCCACAGACUAUAGGCUCCCUUGUGAAACAGGAUUCAUCAGAGAAUUUGUCAGCCAAGAUCAUGGUGUUCCGUGGGGCAGCGGGUGCGUGCAAAAAGGAUGAACUGAAUGAACUUAAAAGGCUUGUUGAAAGUGGUGUGCAUACUGCAAGAUUGCACUUAGUUCCAGUUAAAAAUAUAAAGGAUCUCAAGUCUACUUUUCGGAAUGAAUUGUCAUCCGAAGAAAUUGAUAAUAUUGUGGAAGCAAAUAAUGUGGUGCCUAAAGACCUCUUAGUUCUGUGUUUAGGACCUGAUCCUGAAGUGCUGAAAGUACUUGGCAUGACUCGCACCCUUAUUGCUGAUGCCUUAGAAGCUAAUGGUUUCUCUGUGCGGGAACAGCAUCAUAGAUUUUUGUGGGUAGUAGACUUCCCAUUAUUUGAAAAAGGUGAUGACGGAUCUUUACAAUCUGCACACCAUCCUUUCACCCAACCACAUCCUGAUGAUAUGCACUUGUUGGAUACUGAACCACUCAAAGUGCGAGGCCUGCACUAUGACUUGGUUCUGAAUGGGUCUGAGAUUGGUGGUGGUUCAAUACGUAUCUCUGAUUCGGUUCUUCAAAAGCAUGUUCUGCAUGAUUUAUUAAAGGUCGACACUAGUGCCCUGCAACAUUUAAUAGAUGCACUUUCUUUUGGUUGCCCUCCUCAUGGUGGCAUUGCUUUAGGUCUAGACCGCCUUGUAUCUAUCAUAUGUGGAGUGAAGUCUAUCAGAGAAGUUAUUGCUUUCCCCAAAGCAUUGGAGGGAAAGGACCCAAUGUCUGGGGCUCCAGCAGCACUCACAAAGGAAGAUGCUAUGAAGUACAGGUUACCAUUUAUUUCUCACUAGAACAAGGAUUAAUAAAAGUACCAUGUUAUGGUCCCAUUAUUUUAUGUCAUUUGUCAUCUAUGUUAAUCACUCAUUUUUGUUGACAAUAAAUUUUGAAGAAAUACA